AUGGUACUUGACUUGCCCAAUGUUACAACGAUUCCCUUGCUGAACGUUCCCAAUGCUAUUCAAAUUGGCUAUGAUUUGAUGGAUCACAUUGCAACCGACUUGACCAGAAACAUCAAUAACGUAUCUAAUUAUGUGAUUAUCACCGACACUCAACUCGCUCCGCUUUAUCUUGACACCUUGUGUCAAUCCAUUCAAUCCCAUCUUAAGUCAAGUCAACGGCUUUUAACUCGCAUCUUGCCUUGUGGCGAGGAAUCGAAAUCGCGCACAGUCAAGGCAUCCAUUGAGGACUUUUUGCUGGAUGAAAAGUGCACUCGCGACACAUGUCUGAUUGCCUUGGGUGGUGGGGUCAUGGGCGAUCUUGUUGGAUUUGUGGCAUCGACAUUCAUGCGCGGGGUACCGUUUGUUCAGAUACCCACUACCUUGCUCGCGAUGGUGGAUUCCAGCAUUGGCGGUAAAACUGCAAUCGACACACCGCAUGGUAAAAACUUGAUUGGUACCUUUUGGCAACCCAAGCGUAUCUAUAUGAAUUUGUCUGUCCUGGAAACGCUUCCAAAACGAGAAAUAGCGAAUGGCAUGGCUGAAGUGAUCAAGACAUUUGCUAUAUCAAAUGAAGCCGAGUUUGCACAGCUUGAAGUUGGAAAAUCUCAAAUUGAAUCAGCUAUAAUAGGUUUUAGUGACAUUGGAACUAAUUUAGAUGCCGAUAAAGCAUUUUUGUUGAAUGUCAUCAGUUCGUGUGCUGCCUUCAAAGCCAAUGUUGUCACUCAAGACGAAAAGGAAAAUGGAUUGCGUGGUUUAUUGAAUUUUGGUCAUACUCUGGGACAUGCUUAUGAGGCUCACUUGUCUCCUGAAUGGCUCCAUGGAGAGUGUGUUUCGCUUGGUUUAAUACACGAAGCAGAGUUGUCAUCUUAUCUGGGCUACUGUUCUCUCGGCGCUAUUGAGAGGCUAAAGAAGUGCUUGCAAUUGUAUGAUCUACCUAUUCAAUUCGAUGAGUACUCAAAGAAAGUACUGGAACUAUCGCGCGUCAUGGACACAAUGAAGGUAGACAAGAAGAACAAAGGCGUUCAAAAGAGGGUUGUGCUACUCAAAGACAUUGGAUCAACUCUGGAGAGCAAGCCUACCAAUGUGGAUGAUGUUGCUAUUGAGCAAGUCCUGGCCAAGUACAUCUCUUCCUCAUCCAGUGAUGGCAGCUCAUCCAAGAUGCUCCUUCAAGAACAUCCUUUCAUGAAUACGUUUCCCCUGAAAAUCGCAAUUGAUUCAGUCGAUCUAUCACCGUAUUUCAGUACCCUCUGUACGGCAUUCAAAAAAAUGGGCCUUGAUAUGGCUUCUCAAGAUGACCAACAUGUAAGGCUUGCCGGCAGCAAUGCAAGAAAGGAGAUCAAGAUUUGCAUGACCAAGAAGGCAGGUUCUACCAAACCCUUAAACAGCGGUGAUGUCUGGUAUGAGUACGUUAUCCUGCCCUCGCAAAAGGCCGAUGCUCAGUUUGUCUUUCAGCUGCUUCACUUUAUCAAUAUCAGCAUGCUGUCUCAACCUCGCCAUAUCGACCCUAUGCAAAGCAAGCAGACAACAUUUGUAACACCAACGAUAUCAUCCUAUGCAACCGUUUUGCCUUGUCUCAUGAAACAAUGGCUUGAAGGUACAGAUGCUAUUGAAUUCAGAGUGGAUCAUCUACCUGUCCAAGAGACCUUGCAUGAUUGGGUUGCCAAUGUAGGCCAUCAACUUGCUCAUCUUCGUCAACUGACGCGUCUGCCCAUCAUCUACACGGUCCGUACACAACCUCAAGCUGGCAAAUUUGACCCUACCCAAGUCGAUCUCUACGAAACAUUGCUACAAUGGGGCCAUCGAUGGGGAUGCGACUAUGUUGACAUGGAGUCCAGCACACUUCCAGAAGAACGACAGAGAGUCAUGAUGGAAAUGAAUCAACACUAUGAAAAUACCAAGAUCAUCUCCUCCUUCCAUGAUCCAAACCACACUUUGUCCUGGUCUGACGCUGCGAUGAAAAAGGUCUAUCAGCAAGCAGUGUCUCUGUUUGAUACAUACAACCACCAAGGAGUCAUCAAAUUGGUUGGUUUUGCAGACACCUUUUAUGAUAACAUUGAACUGGAGCAGUUCAGACGUCAAGUGGAUGCCAACAAGAACAAGGAAAUCAUUCUGAUCAAUAUGGGCAUUCAUGGUCGAUUCUCUAGAAUCUCUAACCAGUUCCUAAGCCCUGCAACUCAUCCUACCAUGUCGAUUGCAGCAGCUCCUGGACAACUAGCCGUGAAUGAAUUGUCUCGUUUACGUAAAGAAUUGCAUUUUAAUUGA